AUGGCUUACGACAGAUACACAGCUGUGUGCAAGCCCCUGCUCUACACCACUACCAUGACCAGGGCGCGUUGCUAUGGCAUGAUGGUGCUGGUGUACACCAUCGGGUUCCUCACCUCCCUGGUGCACAUCACGCUGGCAGGGAGGUUGUCCUUCUGUCAGGCCAGGAGCAUCAACCACUUCUUCUGUGAGCUGCCCAGCCUCCUGCAGCUCUCCUGCUCAGACACAAGCACAAAUGAGGUCUUGCAGGUUUACAACAGUGUGUUUAAUGCCAUGGUCUCUCUCCUGAUGAUCCUGGUGUCCUACACCUACAUCCUCCACACCGUCCUGCAGAUCCCUUUGGCCACUAGGAGGCUGAAGGUCUUCUCUACCUGCACCUCCCACUUGGCUGCCAUCACCAUCUUCUAUGCACCCGGGAUCCUCACCUAUGUCCAGCCUCAUGAGGCAUCCUCAUGGGAUCAGGCAAAGCUGGUGUCGCUGUUUUACUCCAUCCUCACCCCAACCCUCAACCCCCUCAUCUACAGCCUGAGGAACAAGGAGGUGAAGGGGGCUCUG